CAUCUCAGUCCGUGAGCACUGGAGCAGAGCCCGAGCUCCGGCGUGCAUUCCGGACAUGUACACCUGUAAGCUCUAUUCAUUCAUUCAUUCAGGGACGCAGCGCUCACAUGUAAGUGGCAGACACACCAUUGAGACGUUGACGGCAGCAGAAAGAAUUUUACGUGUGUGAUGAGAUCAGACUGAGCUCGGAGGCAGAGGCAGCAGAGGAAGAGGAGGAGGAGGAGGAGGAGGCGACGUGCACAGUCUACAUCCCAAUUAAGGGGCUGGCACCGAGGACACAACCCUACCCAAGGAUUGGCUAGCACCCACCGGAUGCAGUGAACAAAAUCCCGUCGUCAUCCCAACUCUGCAGCUCGUACGUUCACCAACCGAGUUCUCCUUCACUAGGAAGACUUGAUGGAUGCCUGUGUUCAUCCCAACUGACACAUCGAGGCUCAGCAACAUUAUCAGCACCAACACAGCACAACAGCAUCAAACUGACGGGGGAAGUGGAUCGACAGCGAUUUAUGGAGAAUCGAGUGAAGGGAAGGUGUCUUCAACAAAGUAUCCACCCCUGGAAGGACAAUGUCUGCUGGGUAUAAAUUUAGGUAGUGACAUGACUCAGGUCUGACCCUGGAGAUGCCGAAGAGACGAGACAUUGUCGCCAUUGUGUUGAUUGUGUUGCCUUGGACUCUGCUCAUUACUGUUUGGCACCAGAGCAACAUGACUCCUCUGCUCGCCUCCCGAAACGAUGACAGACGAGACGGUCGCUCCAACUCCAGGAAUACUUUUGCUGUCAAGGAGUCCUGCUCCCUGCAGAACCGGGACAUCGUGGAGGUGGUGCGCACCGAGUACGUCUACAGUCGUCCUCCCCCCUGGUCCGACUUCCUGCCCACGAUCCACGUCAUCACUCCCACUUACAGCCGGCCGGUGCAGAAGGCCGAGCUGACACGCUUGGCCAACACCUUGCUCCACGUGCCCAACCUGCACUGGAUCCUGGUGGAGGACUCUCAGCGGAGGACCCCUCUGGUCAGCAGUCUCCUCGUGGAGACCGGACUGAACUACACCCACAUCAACGUGGAGACGCCCAGGAACUACAAGGUACGUGGGGACACGAGGGACCCCCGAAUACCACGUGGCACCAUACAGAGGAACCUGGCCCUGAGGUGGCUCCGGGAGACCUUCAGCAGAAAUAACAGCAUGUCUGGGAUCGUGUACUUUGCAGACGAUGACAACACAUACAGUCUGGAGCUGUUUGAUGAGAUGCGUACCACCCGUAAGGUGUCGGUGUGGCCCGUGGCUUUCGUGGGCGGCCUUCGGUACGAGUCCCCUAAAGUGAACACUUUGGGCAAGGUUUACGGCUGGAAGACUGUAUUCGACCCUCACCGGCCCUUCGCCAUCGACAUGGCCGGGUUCGCAGUGAACCUGCGCCUCAUUCUGUCCAAACCUCAGGCUUAUUUCAAGUUACGCGGGGUGAAGGGAGGAUACCAGGAGAGCAGUUUAUUAAAGGAGCUGGUGACUCUCGGCGACUUGGAGCCUAAAGCUGCCAACUGCACUAAAGUAUUAGUAUGGCACACGCGGACAGAGAAGCCUGUGCUGGUAAAUGAGGGCAAGAAAGGAUUUACAGACUCUAACGUGGAGAUAUGACAUACUUCAUCUCACGCAGGGGACUCCACGGAGCUCAUAGGAGCCAGAGUCAAAAAUAUUAUCACAGCACAGUAGCUGUUCUUCAGUGCAGCCUAGAAAUGGAGGAAAAACCCAUCCACCCAAGGAGGCAGCACAAAGCCACGUGCAUGUGCCGACCAGAGCAUCAAAGCACAACUGCACAAAAACAAGCCUGCCUGUUCUGUGUCUGGAGCACAGGCCGAUGUGAGACCCCGGUGGUACUUGCCAAAAGGAGCCCGGCGAGGUCUGCGAGGACAAAGGAUGUUACGUGAUUUAAACUUCAAGAAGAAGAGGCAAAACGAGCAAUAAAGAGCCCUCUCAGCACCGACAUCACCAGCCAACCCUCCAAUCAGGAUCAAAUAGGACCCUUUUGUUCCGAGGCACGCUGGCUGUCAGGCACAGGGCUGCACAGAGGAAUAAAAGGGUUCCUUGUCAUAAGUGAGACAGACUGCACUGGGGGAUCUGAGCCCUCCCCGUCUGUACUGUACAACACUGAGCUUUUUAGAUAGCACCCUGGACCCAGCACUAAUGAGGACUGGUACUCCUCAACACACAUUAAACAUGCUCAACUGCACAUUAUUAGCACACAGACACACAUGCACUCAAAAACACAGUGAUUUAUUAUUGUGCAAAAACAAUGCCAUGCCAUACAGUCUUUUACUCCAGGGUUCUUUUUUCCUGAUAUGCUGUGGUACUACUGAGUUCUACUCAUUUUAAAAGAGGUUUCAGUAUUCACCAUACACUCUUUCUUAAUAAGCUAAUAUAAAAAAGUGAACUGAAUGUUUCACUUCAGAAUUAUUUAUUGUUUCAGUGUAACUGGUACUGUUUACUUGUGAGAGACAAUGGGAUAUGAAGCCAUUCGCCUAAAAACUGGAUGUGCAUCCUUUCAAAUAUUACAAUGUAUAAUUAUUCCAACCAUGGAUGGCUGGCUGGCAAGUGAUGAUUUCAUACCCCACUGACUUACAGCUGCACUGCUCACAAACACUCAUUGUUCUUUCAGACUCGGACUGUUCAGAGUUUGGUCAGUUAUCGAUGUGGCGAGCAUCUGAAACCUUCAACUUGUCACUUUAAAGUAAGAGUCUGAUGUCACCUCAUUGCUGCUUGUGUUUCAUUUAAAAGCUGUUUAAACCACUUCUGCCAUUUUUGGUUGUACUUGUUGUUUUACAGGCUGUUUCCAGUUCAGUAAAUGCUAGGCAACACAUGUUCAAAAUAUUCACACAAGCAAUACAAAUCUAAUUCUAUGAUAUAUAACAGCCAUCCUCAAACAGAAACUGUCCCACUUUACAGGGAAUGCACAGGAAACGAGAUGUCCACAGUGAUUCUGCUCGAUACAAUAUGUCACUGGAAUUAAAGGUACUGUAUGUACAUAGCUAUAAACUGCUCCCAUACAAA